CGAUAACAAAGAUUGAGGGUUUGGACAACUGCACUUCCCUGCGGACCCUGUGUUUGAAUGAAAACUGCAUUCGGGAGGUUGCGGGGUUAAGCGCGUUGAGAGAUUUGAGGGUUUUAAACCUCAGCAACAACUUCAUCUCCGACUUAUCAGGCCUAGAUGGCUGCUGCCCUCUGCUGGAGGUGCUGCACUUAGCAGCAAAUCAACUAAGUGAUGAAAGCGCUGCAGUUCUUGCGAAGUUUAAUUAUCUCUCUGUCUUAGACAUCAGCAGCAACAAGUUUGCUGCUGAGGAGACAAUAGAUUUGCUGCAGCAAAUACAAACCCUCAAAGUGCUGUACAUACACCGCAACCCAUUGGUGUCUCGCAUGCAGAACUACCGGCGAAAGUUAAUAAUGAAGCUACAGCAUUUAUCUUUUUUAGACGAACAUCCUGUUAAAGACGAAGACCGAUUAAUUGCUGCUGCUUUCUUUGAAGGGGGUUUACAGAAAGAAAAAGAAGAAAGAGAGAAAAUCAACAAACAAAAACACGAUAAACGAUUGCAGUGUAUACGCA